GCCGCCGACGGAGGCCGACGCAGCGUGAGGUUUGCUGCGGCGGGUGCUGAAGUGUUGUGGGAUAGAGCGAGUUCUGCGUGAGAUUUUGCGUGUUUCUUCAUGCGAUAUUGUUGCAGAGAUCGUUCGCUAACCUCUGGAUUAGCGGGGACACCAGCAGACUCCGGCACUGCGGCAUGAGCCAAACCCCCCAACCGGACGGUUCGCCAGCCCGCCAGGUUGGCACGCCGACACAGCAGCCCCUGCCGCCGCCGGCCCAGCAGCAGCAGCACCAGCCGCCGGCCCAGCAGGUCUCCCAGCAGUCUGUCCAGCAGCAGCAGCAGCAGCAGUCUGCCCAGCACCAGCAGCAGCAACAGCAACAACAACAACAGCAACAGCAGCAACAGCAGCAGCAGGCGCAACAGCAACAACAACAACAGCAGCAGCAGCAGCAGCAGCAGCAUCAGCAACACCAGCAGCAGCAGCAGCAGCAGCAGCAGCACCAGCAGCAGCAGGCCAUCGCGCUGGCGGCCCAGCCGCAGCACCAGUUGAUGGGUCCGCCGCAGCAGCCGACUGUGCAGUACCCGGGGGCGGUGGAGGUGACGAUGCAGCAGGCGCCGACGGCCAUCGCGCCGGCUCCGCUGGCCGUUACGCCGCAGCCAGCACAGCAGCACGGUCAGCAGGCGGCCAACAUCUACCAGCAGCCGACGCUGCAGCAGCACCCGACCGUGGCGCCGUCGCCCCUGCCCCAGCUGAUCCAGCAGGGAGUGGCGACCUCGAUGGCUUCAAUGCCUGCCCAGGUGCAGGUGAUUCAGCCACCCAUCAACCCGGCCUACCUGCAGCAGCUGUACCAGCACCAGGGCCAGGUGCUCAUGGGCAACGUCAUGCACCAGCAGGGUCUCGGCGGACCCAUCCAGGUGAUUGCCGCUGGGAAGCCGCUGACGCAGUCUCAGAUUCCGCACAUGCUCACUUCGGCAGGCGGGUUUCCGACGGCCGGCUACACCACGAUUCCGACGUCGAACGGCGGCACCCUGGUCAUGCUCUCGUCGCAGGCCAACAUCCUGCCGAGCAACACGAAACCCACCAACGACCUGAGCAAGGUGGCGCUGGGCGGCCGGGUGCCGCUGCACGCUGCCGGCUCGCCGGGCCCCAAGCAGCUGGUAUCGGCGGCGGCCGGCGGCACGGGCGUGCACCAGCAGCACCAGGUGGUGACCUCGCAGGCCGGCAGCCACCACAUGCCCAUGAUCGCCAACUCGUCGCCCAUCUUCAACCAGCUGCAGGCGUUCGGUCAGAUGCAGCAGUUUGGCCAGAUGCCACAGACGCUGUUCCCCAACCAGAUCUACAUCCGUCCGUCGGUGGCUCAGAGCUCUGGCGCCGGCCAGUCGCCGCAGGAGGGCGGCAUGUUCAUCCAGAGCCCGCCGGCGCAGCAGGCCGUCCAGCAGCAGCAGUCGUCGGACGGCCCGCGGCCGGCGGCUGACCUGCUGGCCCUGUUCGGCGUGCCCGCCACAUCGCCCGACAUGCUGGCUCUGUUCGGCGGUCCUCCGACGUCCGCCGCCUCCUCCUCGGGCCCGGUGACGGCUGACCCGAACCAGCUGCGGUUCUCUGGUGCCAUGGCCACGGCGACAACCAUGACAACCAUGCCUCAGACGGUACCCGCUCAGCUGCCGCCGGCGCAGCAGCAGCAACAGCAACAACAGCAGCAACAGCAACAGCAGGCCACGCAGCAGCAGCAGCAGCAGCACGCGGCGGCGGCGGCGGUGGCGGCCGCCAAGCCGCGCUAUGCGGAGCCGCCUACCAUCCAGCCGCGCCUGGCCGGACAGCGUCCGCUGAUCCUGCCGAACGUGCAGUCGGCGCAGCUGCGGCCCGUGGCCGGCGGCGGCGUGCAGACGGUGCCCGGAGGACUGGCCGCCGCGCGGCCGCAGCACAAGGCGCGCGUCAAGGCGGCCGGCCGCGGCCAGAUGCUGAUGCAGCCGCGCGCGCCCGGAGCGAUGGCGGCCGCUGGUGCUGCCCGGCCGCCGCCGCUGGCCACCGGCGAGCAGACGGCCGCCGUGCCGGGAGCCGCUCAGGUGCGGCCCGUGGCGCCGCCGCAGCAGCACAAACCGCGCUCGCCGGCCAAGCCCAAGAGUCCGAAGGUGGCGGGCGGCGCUCAGCCGGCUCCGGCUCCGGCUCCGGCCCCGGCUCCGGCUCCGGCCCCGGCUCCGGGUCGGCUGCCGGAGGCGGCAGCGGCCGGUCAGCCGGCCACCACCUCCGGGCCGGCGCCGGUCCCGGCCGCCGUGCCCGUCUCCACCGUGGCUCCGACAGCCGCCCGGCCCACAGCGGCCCCCGCGGGCCCGGCGCCGCCCGCGCCCGCGCCCACCGCCCCCGCCAGCAGCGCGUCGGACACCCCCGCGUCCACCAGUGUCACCACUGCCACCACCACUGCGGCCAGCGCCGCCGCCACGGCUACCGUCACCGCCACCGCCACCGUCGCGGCAACCGUCCCGGCGACGACCACGGCACCGACUCCCCACAGCAACGCCCCCGCAGCCGAUAACGCCGCCAAAAAGGAACGGCCGCCGCCCGCCGCCGAGAGGAAAGGUGGCACCCAGAGCACAGCCGAGACCAAGGAGAAGGCGCCCCUGCCCAAGGCCAUGGUGAAGCCCCACGUGCUGACCCAUGUUAUCGACGGCUUCAUCAUCCAGGAAGCAUCGGAGCCGUUCACCAUGGGGAAGCACUCCAGCGACAAGGAGAACCACCCGGUGGUCACCAACGAAUCACAGGGGAAGCGCGCCGCCGACCCGGCCGCCGUCGGUGCCGAGGGCAAGGCCAAGGUCAAACGCUCCAAGUCCCAAUCGUCGCCGUUGCCGGGCGGACCGAAGAAGCCCGGUAGGAAGCCGUCCGCCUCCGACCAGCCGAGCUCCAAGAAGGCGCGCCUCGAGGACAGGGAGUCGAACCCGGGUCCCUCGGAUUCUGAGAGUGCCAGCGAGUCAUCCAGCGGCCUCGGACAGUCGCCGGCUGCUCCAGUGGACAAGGAGUCGAUGCCCAUCAACCCCAACAAGCCCAACCCGCUAACGUGGAAGGUGGAGGACGUGGUCGACUUUAUCCGUAACCUGCCCGGCUGCUCCGACUACGCAGAGGACUUUGCGCUGCAGGAGAUCGACGGCCAGGCGCUGAUGCUGCUGCGCGCCGACCACCUCAUGCAGGCCAUGUCCAUCCGGCUCGGACCGGCGCUGAAAAUCUGCGCCAAAAUCGACAGCAUGCGCGCCGCCCAGGCGGCCUCCAGCCAGCCGCAGCCGUGACCGCGCCGCCGCCCGUCCCCCACUGCCAGCGGCGCCGCCGCCAACCCCCCGUGCAAUGCGUUCCGCGCCGCCCGCCCGGAGUCAGAUUUUAUACUGCGUGCGCUGAGUGUGGAGUCCAGCCCAGCCCAGCGCUCCUGAGACAGGACAGAAGCCGGGCCGCCCGGUGUUAUUUAUUUGUGAGCGUCUCGGUUGGUGUUGAGUUAGGAUGAUCUCUAGGUGUUGAACGUGUGGCCACCCUUUGCGUGUGUGAAGAUGUAUUGUAUAAAUGUCUGGGGCGUGUGUUGGGAGCGCGGGCGCCGUCCGCCGUGCCCGCGGUGCGAUGGCACGCACCCGCCGAGCGGGCACAGCAGCACCGGAGCGGGCCGCCGCCGCCGCCCCCACCGCGACUGAGGCCUUUCCUGUGACUUUGUGUGACUGUGUGCAACCGGAGGAAGCCACCUGCGACCUCGGCCGCAGUGGGUGGCGAGAGACGCUUGCAACAGCUCAUUAACACAACGCUGCCGCCAGUACAAUUAUUUGUAUGUUCUGUUGAUGCCGUGUGUUUGUAUUUGCACCCAUUAAUCCUGACCUGACAGACUGAAUAUACCCAUCGAUUUUACAA